CGAAUACAGACACACCCGCUACUCUCUUGUUGAGCACUUGAGUGGCUACCACCUGCAACCUGCAUUCCAAAGCAACCUUAUUGCUGAGAUUUGGUAAAGUGGGCUCUGUGCCCCGAAAAGACCACUUUCUGUAUCAAGAACAGAAGCGACGAUGCCGCCUAACGUAGCCUCCGCGUCGGUCGCAGACUUUGACGAUGACACCGAUUUCGCUCUCCCGGAGCCACCACCUCAAGCUCGCGGUGGACCGGACCAGAUGGCAGCGUUGCAGCAGAUGAUGGGGCAGUUGGGCGCUGGCGACGCUGGUGUGCCUGGUGGAGGAAUGGGCGCUUCGGGAUCCAAAGCGACAGGGGCAAUAGAUGACCUGAAUGCUGAACACAAGGAGUGGAUCGCCAUCUACCCGAUCUAUCUCGACGCCAAGCGACCUUUUGGCAAGGGGUGCCGCCGGGUUUCGUACACCAAGAGCAGCCUGUUCCCACAGAGCCUGCACAUCGCCAAAGCGCUCAGCCGCCUCAACAUCUCCGCUGUGCACGAGGUCCGCAAGACGCAUCCCAAAGAUUGGGAGAAUCCAGGCCGAGUCAAGGCGAAGCUGUUCAACGAAGACUGGCUGUCCCUGCACCCAACCAUUAAGACGAAGAAACAACUUAUCGAGGCAAUCGCAGAGAUCGUGCAGCCAUGGGCAGGCGGCCCUCCGCCUCCGCUGCCUGAUCUGAAAGUGAAAGCGGAGAAGCUGCGCAUGCGACGAGAAGCAAAAGCAACUGCAUCAGCCGCAGCCUCCGUUGCGCCGGCCGGUAAGAAGACCAGCGCAGGCACCGCCGCCCAACCCAGCAAGAAAGCCACAGACGGCACGACGGCAGCCUCGCCUUCUCGUCGAUCGCGUAAGAUUGCACCACCGGCUGUGAAUCCCAUCAAAGCUCGACUGCAGCAGAUCCGCUUCCCGCCUCUCGAGGACCGGCUGCCGCCGCACUCUCCGGCCAUCGAGCAGGGCAUCCUCAACAUGGACCUUGCGGGCGCGAUGGGCGGCGGCAUGCCGCCUGGCUUGGAAGGUAUGAAUCCGAUUGCUUCCAUGCUCGGCGGCUUCAUGGGCGGUGAUGACGAUGAGGACGAAGAGGCCAAGGAGGUGCAAAAGAAGGAUGAAAAGCCCAUGCCCGGUUUGAGUAGAAGGCAGAGGAAAAAAGUCGUCCGUAUCGGUCGUUGAGGGUCUGCUCAGCAAUGAGCAGUAAAGCAGUCGGACAAUGUAGCGAUUCACCGAUCCUCCCCUCGGUCCAAUGACAGAAGCGUGCAACUGGAUGCCAGUUCCUGGCUAUUUGAAAGGCUGCGGCUAUCCGGUGUGUGAUAUACUACAUUCGUCAUGACAAGUGUC